ACAAAAAGGUCAUUUUCGUGAUCAGUGAAGCCUCCCGAACACCGCCAUACCCACCGGGUCAGGUAGUUUCGGAACACCCUGUAUAUGUACAUAUAUUUGUACUCGAAACUUAAAUUCUACUCGAAUACAUUGAAUGGAAAAGAAAUUUCAUCUGAAAGAUAAAUUUUCUUUAAACAACGGUCUAUAAUUAUGUUGUACCGUUCGUCAUUGCUCGUUAGGCAGGAGUAGCGUUUAAUUGAAAUUAAUGUAGUUGUGUGCGAUUCGUCUCGUAAAAAUAUGGCUUUCAUUAAGUGAUUCGAUCCUCUUGAGAGAUAGCAUCCACUAAAACCUUCAAGGUUACUUGAAAGAGUACAAAUGUCGUAUUCUGGGACGCAUGGAAAUCUCUUAACUGCUGCCAAGCAGUUGGCAGACAGUGAAAUUCAGCUAAUAAAGGCUAUAGAAGGUUCUAGGAAAAGUCAACGGAAGCUUGUUAAAGGAACCAUGUCAACUACAACGAAGGCUGUUACUGGGAAAAAGUCAGCCAGGGUCUCAAAUGCGAGACCUUCUGCUGCUCUAAUUGCUGCAAAACGGGAUGCUGCUCAACGAAAAGUUCUACAAGGAAAGAAAUCAAAUAACAUCUUCAUCCAAGAUAUUUAUCAAAAAGCUAUUGAUGCUAUGAACAUGGUUCGAAAAGACACUGGCCUGGUUUUUGAUCGGCGCAUGGCUGAACAUCUGUGUCUAUGGGAUAAAGCAUAUCCAGAAUGUCCUGAAAGGUUUACAAAGGUCUUGGAAAAAUGUGAGCAAUAUGGCCUAGUAGAUAGAUGCAAAUUUAUUGAAUCAAGAUCUGCAAAUGAGGAUGAAUUACUACUGAAACACACUCAAGAACAAAUAGAUUUUUUGAAAGCAACAGAUAGGUGUACGGACGCAGAAAAACUUGAAAAAUUGUCUUCCAAAUAUGACGCAAUAUACAUCCAUCCGUCGACUUACCGAUUGUCUUUAUUAGCUGCUGGAUCAACAAUAAAUUUGGUAGAAAGUAUCUGCAAAGGAGAUGUACAAAAUGGAAUGGCUAUUAUCAGACCUCCUGGACAUCAUGCAAUGAAAGCAGAAUAUUGUGGAUACUGUUUCUUCAAUAAUGUUGCAAUUGCAACGCAGACACUCUUAGAAAAGAAUUUAGCUAGCAAAAUUUUAAUCGUAGAUUGGGACGUGCAUCACGGUCAGGCGACACAACAAAUGUUUUAUAAUGACCCGCGAGUCGUCUACUUCUCAAUUCACCGUUACGAACAUGGUAAAUUCUGGCCAAAUUUAAGAGAGUCCAAUUAUGAUUACGUCGGAGAUGGUCCGGGAGAGGGUUACAACUUUAACGUGCCUUUAAAUAAAACCGGCAUGACCAACGCUGAUUAUCUUGCAAUAUUUCAACAGGUUUUGCUACCAAUGGCUUACGAGUUUCAACCGGAUAUUGUUAUAGUCUCAGCUGGUUAUGAUGCAGCUCUUGGUUGUCCAGAGGGAGAAAUGGAAGUAACACCAGCAUGCUAUGCACAUCUUUUAUCCUCACUGCUAAGUUUAGCAGGUGGAAAAGUUGCUGUGGUAUUGGAAGGUGGAUAUUGCUUAAAGUCUUUGGCCGAAGGUGCAGCAUUAACAUUAAGAGCUUUAUUAGGUGAUCCGUGUCCAAUGUUGCGUUCGCUGGAUCCACCAUGUGCGAGCAUACGUGAAACAAUCUUGAAUAUCAUUUAUAUUCAUAAACCAUAUUGGAAUUGUUAUCAGUAUCAAGAAACUUAUAGCAUUAAUAGUACUACAAACAACGAAGAAGAAAACAACAACAGACAUUUACCUACAGUUAUUUACAAAGGUGAUGAGACAAAACCUGAUUUCUACGAAACACGAAACUGUUACCCAGUGCAGAGUCCCGAACUUUUACAAGAAAUUGAUAGAAAAUUAAAUUUCUUGAUCCAAUUCACUAACCUGACUAAAGCACCGAAUAGAGUGUGUGUUGUGUACGAUCCGAGAAUGCUCAAGCAUAUCAACGUUCCAGACGAUUCUCAUCCGGAAAAACCAGAGAGAAUAUCUAACAUUUAUACAAAGCACGAGGAGUACGGUUUACUAAAACGAUGUCACGUUUUGCAGGGAAGAGUUGCUACCGAAGAGGAACUGCUUUUGGCACAUUCAAAAGAUCACAUAGAUAUAAUUAAGAAGACUGCUGAUACAAAGUUGAGAGACUUAGUAAAACAAGCGUCUGAUCUUAAUUCCGUUUAUUUGCAUCCUGAGACCUGGACCAGUGCCUGUGUUUCUGCUGGUUCAUUGCUUCAAGUUGUUGAUAGUGUAUUGAAUAGUGAAAGUCAAUCAGGAGUGGCUAUUGUCAGACCACCUGGUCAUCAUGCUGAAGAAGACGCUCCUUGUGGUUUCUGCAUCUUUAAUAAUAUCACAAUUGCAGCUAGAUAUGCUGUGCAAUAUCAUAAUUUGAAAAGGGUAUUGAUAGUAGAUUGGGAUAUUCAUCAUGGCAAUGGGACGCAAAGUAUUCUGGAGCAAGAUCCCACUAUUCUUUAUAUAUCAGUGCAUAGGUAUGAUAAUGCUGGAUUCUUUCCAAAUUCAAAAAAGGCAAAUUAUACUGUUGUCGGCUCUGGACCUGGAGAAGGAUUCAAUGUAAACAUUCCAUGGAAUAAGAAAGGAAUGGGUGAUGCUGAGUAUAUAGCAGCAUUUCAACAAAUCGUAAUGCCAAUCGCCUAUCAGUACAAUCCAGAAUUAGUUCUGGUUUCAGCAGGAUUUGAUGCCUGCAAUGGUGAUCCAUUAGGAGGUUGCAAAGUGUCUCCGGAAAUGUAUGGACAUUUAACACAUUGGCUGUCAUCAUUAGCAAAUGGUCGAGUUAUACUUAGUCUAGAGGGUGGUUACAAUAUUAACUCCAUUUCCUACGCUAUGACUAUGUGUACCAAGGCUCUUCUUGGAGAUCCUCCUGCAGUGUUGGAUGCUGGCCAAGCACCGUGUACAAGUGCAAUUAAUACGAUAAACAACGUUCUCAAAACGCAUAAGCAAUUCUGGCCGAAUUUGGCCUUUCAAAUGUCCUUGCCAAAGGAGAAAGUACUUCCAAGGAUUAAACCCAGUCAAAAACAUUCCGAAGAGAGCUUAAGAGUUGAGGGUGGUGCCGGACAUAAGUCAGAAUGCAAAAUUGCUUUUGAGGAAAUUGAAAGCGAGAAGCUAGAUUUUAAUCUUUCGUUUGACAAACAUAAUUUAAACACUGUGACAGACGAAGAAAUAUUGAAACUGCAAAACGAAGUGGAAAAUAUGAAAAUUAGAAGUUUAAAGACCGUCGGACGUAAUACCGAAAUGAUCGGCGAUAUUCCAGGCAGCACAACCGGUGCCCAAGAAGAAACUGGAACUUGUUUUUCAGCUCGUGGCUUCAAAGAGUGUAUAAAUCCAACGGAGAAGAAAGAUGUACAGAACUCGAAGGACAGUCGUGCUGGUACGAGUGAUGGUGCUGGUAGUAGCAGGGAAGGUCAGAGUGAAGAAAGCAGCUUGGCAAGUGCUGUUCCCACUACAAAUCUUUUUGACUAUCUCUCAGACAAUCUGCAGGCCCUGGUAGAUGGAGAGAUGUUUGCAGUAGUACCUUUAAGAGAGUGCCCACACUUGAAUACCGUGAGAGAUGUACCACCCAGUGGCAUAGAUGUUCGAUCACCUUGCACAGAGUGCAACAGUGCUGCUGAAAAUUGGAUUUGUCUCCAGUGCUACACAGUACACUGUGCUCGUAGUGUUAAUCAGCAUGCUGUGACUCACAGUCAAGUGGCAGAACACCCCAUGACCCUCAGCUUCAGUGACCUAUCGGUUUGGUGUUAUGGAUGCGAAGCCUACAUUGACAAUCCACGAUUAUACGCAGCACGGAAUGCUGCACACCGUAGCAAAUUCAAUCAAGAUCUCCCAUGGACAUACAGUGAUCCAGCACUAGUUAUGGACACACACUGAUACCAUUUAUUUACAAUUUUCAUGCUCGGUCUUUCAAGAGUCAACAUGUUAAAACUUGUACUAGUGCAAUAGAAAUAUGAGGAACAUCUGCUGUCAAAUCACAAUACGACAAAACUGUACCGUCAUUUAAAUGCAGGGACAGUACACUUUUUUAUGAAAUUGGAUAAACUAUAAUAAUGAGUGUACAACAUGCGAUGCAUUAUGAUAAAGUUUGUCAAGCUCAUUGCAGUGUUAUGGUGGUUAUUUUUUUGAAAAUUAAAAUGACUGAAAGUACAUUAUUGAAUUACCUUACAGUGGUAGUGUAUUGAAUUAAGAUAAAGAUGUAUUUUUCUAUGUAGAAUCAAAAUCAUUAUCUAUGAUAGAUAGUUUACUUUUAUAGUUAGUCAAGCUGUAAGACAAUAUACAUUUACUGUUAGAAAAUCGUAUAAUUUUACUCGGAAAGAUCAAUACUUCUAUGAUCGUUAAUCACUUAGUCUGGAAUCAUAUUGCCCAGAAGUUCAACUCUCUGUGGCCCAUAAUUGUUCUUUAAAUGUGGGAAACGUAUGCGGACCACUGACUUUUGGUAUAAAAAUAGUAGAAUUAUUAGACAGUUUGAGCCCAGGCGACCGUUGAUUAAAUGGCAGGAUAAGUGGUUAAAACAAUUGCAUGAUUAAUAAUAUUAAUACGUUGAAAAAAUAUAGGAUAUUCUUGUUUCUUAAGUACCUAUUAUAUACAAGCUAUCUUUGUUAGCGUCAAAGAGUUCUGUGCAACUUAUUUUGAUAUUCAAUAUCAACUAGCAAAAACUGAACUCACUAUGAGGAGAAUAAAUGCAAUUUUGUUUUCUGAUAAAAAAUAAUACGAUUAUUUUUCUUAUAAAAUACACUAAAUCAAAGAGUUUAUACGAACUGUACAACUUCAUAAUAUAGUAAAUGCUAUUCUAUAUCUAUUUUAUAUCGAUUGGUGUAAAAACUGAAUUUUUUACAUCUGCGAGAACAUUGUUGGUACAAAAAGUUAUAAAAUACAAAAUCGGUCAACAGCUUAGAUAUUAAAGUAAUAAUUGAUGUACUAAGGAACAGCUCAAAAUAUUGGCUUAAAAAAAUAUUGUAUUUGUAUUUAAGUUAAUAUAUUUUACUCGUUUGAGUUUUAUGUCCUGUUGCAAUAUGUUACAAUACAUAUAUUGAUCAGAGGGCAAACCAUGUGAUGUCCAUAAUUAACCAAAUAUUAAAAUUAAUCGAUUAAUUAGAACUGACCAUAAGUUAAGAUCUAAUAGUUUGCCUUGAAAACAAUACCUCCUCAAAUUUCCAAAUUCAAUCCGUAGGAUCAAAAGGUAUACUUGCUUUACUUUGAGGAUAGUAACAUUGCAAAGAUCAAAAAAAGAAUAUGCACUAACUUAAUAAUCAGCAUAAACGUUAACAUCCGAAUCAAUAAUAAUAAGACUGACAGAGGAAGAAACAGUUAUACUGAGUUAUACUGUGCACGUUAAGGAAGGUAGUUCUGCUGCUACGCAGAGGUCAUGAGCCCUAGCGACUAUAUAUGUUGAAAAUCAAGCAUCCACAAUAUUAUAAUUAUUAGUUGCACAAAUAAUUCUGAUUUUCUAAUAACGUGCUGUAAUUAUAAAAUCCCGAGUUUUGUUGCAAAACUAAUUUUAAAUGCUCGUUUGAAUCAGUUCACAUUAUAGCUGUAUCGGAUAAUGCACUGUUGCCAAGCUUUUGCCCCGUGUUCAUAGCUACGCCAUUCCAAGCGAGUUGUUCCUUCUGAACUUAUUAUUGUCUCGAUAAUCUGAUUUAUCUUUUGAGAUGUCCGGUAACUCUACUUUUUUUUUUUAUCGGAUACGAUCUGUAACGUCUAACAAACACGAGAUGCUUUUUAUAUUUCCGCUAUCUUUGAUCUAAGUAUACAAAUUAUUAACGAAAAAAUGCCACUGAUUGCUCCGGUCAUAAGGUCCCAUAUAAAAAUGUCGAUUUUCAACAUUUAAUUAUUCUCCCAAAUGAUCGGUAAAUGGGCUUGACAUUUUUUUGACAUGUAACUGAAUACUAAAACUUUCAUAUAUAACAAAUUUUGGUGCAACAGUUUAAUUUACGUAGACGGCAGAAUUACCUUAGUAUCAUCAUUUCUUUUUUAUAUAUUAACUUUUGAAAUACAGACUACGCUUAAAAUGCAAACCUUAAUAUCAAAAAAGAAUUAUAAUUAUACUUUAUAUAUAAUUGUUAUCUAGUAUAUGUACAAUUGCUUAUAUUGAGUUGCAUCUGAUGUAUUGACGUUAAAUUACCGAACGUCUAAUCUUGUAAAAUAAUUGAUUCGCUGCCACCACGCGUAUAAAUUAUUUUUCGUUAGUUACUUAGUGCACGCACUUGCACUUGUAUAAAUUGGCGAUAUAAUAUUUUAACAUUUAAUUGUAAACCAUUUGAUUAUUGCCUCUGGGAGAAAACUUCUCGGCUCUACGUGAUAGAUUAGGUGAUAGAAGGAAUAAAUAAUUUCAGUGCAGCAAUAGUAAUAAAUACUGGUACGAAUAAAUAUCAGGCUGUGGUUGGCAUAAGAGCGCUCUUAGGACCAAUAGCAACCUAGAUUCGUUCUAACUAUUAAUUAGUUAUCAGCACACACAAACUUCAUCACGAUUAAUUUAAUUAAACAAAUUAAUUUAUCGAAUAAGAUUUAUGUAACGUUCUCCUAUACGAAAAAAUAGAAAUGUUGAGUAGCGAA